GGGCGUGGUCACGGUGGGACUUGCCCGGGCAUGUGCGCGCGGCCGCUUCCGGGCCGGACACGUGUGAGCCGCGCCGGGAGCGGAAUGCCACCAGGCAAAGGGCAGAUGACCCCGCUGCUGCCCGCCCCGAAGGUCUCCGCGCCCACCCUGCAGGGCAGCCAUGGCCCCACCGCGGGGGGCUGCGCUCAGGCCCCGAAGGGUCCCAGCUCGCCGCAGGGUCGCAGCAAGAAGAAGAGCCGUAAGCACCAGCGGUUCAUGGAGCGCCGGGCGCUGCUGGAGCAGAAGGGGCUGCUGAGCCCCCGUGGGUGCCUGGGCAGUCAGAGCCCCGAGGCGGGGCUGGAGGCACUCACCAAGGCAAAUGGCACCACGGCACCGCGCUGUGACAAAGUCCCCAAGCCCAAACGGAUCGUGUCUGCAUCCCUGUCUCCAUCUGCCUCUCCGGACAGCAUAGCUAGGCACCACUCCGUGCUGCUGUCGCAGGGGAAUGGCAGCUCCAAGAGGGUGCGGACGUCCGCCCUAGUCCUGCGCCCGGGCAAGUAUGUGGCCAUCGACUGUGAGAUGGUGGGCACGGGUCCUCAGGGCAGGCUGAGUGAGCUGGCACGUUGUUCCGUGGUGAACUACGAGGGGGAUGUCAUCUAUGACAAAUAUGUCCAGCCCGAGCUCCCCAUCGUGGACUACCGGACGCGCUGGAGCGGCAUCACCAAGCAGCACAUGAAGAAUGCAAUUCCCUUCAAGACUGCCCACGCAGAGAUCCUGAAGAUCUUGAAAGACAAGAUUGUGGUAGGACACGCCAUCCACAAUGACUUCCAAGCCCUGAAGUACUUCCACCCGAAAGACAGGACUCGAGACACCAGCCAGAUCCCUGCGCUGAAGAAGAGGGCAGGGCUGCCCGUCAGAGCCAAUGUCUCCCUCAAGAACUUGGCCAGGCACCUGCUCCAUAAAAAGAUCCAGGUUGGCUGCAAAGGACACUCAUCAGUGGAGGACGCUCAGACAGCCAUGGAGCUGUACAGACUGGUGGAGGUGCAGUGGGAGAAGGAGCUGGCCCACAGCCUGCCCCCUCGGCCCCCCAGCCCUGUCACAGACCCCACUGCAGACAGCAGCCAGUACCUGGAUGACCAGUACUGGCCCACAGACCUGAUGGCAAGCGGCCUGUGAUGGGGGACAGCGUCUCCUCCACGUGUUUUGGGCCAUCCUGGUGCCUUCAGCUGUUAAAGGUGGAGGUGACUGCUGACCUCCUUCCCUGGGGCUUGUGCCCAGUACCCAGCCCUGCUCAGGGAUGGAGACAUGGUGACACCUGGACACCAGCAAUCUCCCAAAAAUGCUGUCUGCAGCCUCGAGCUGUUGCGCAGAAAUCAGGGCUGUGAUUGUGCUGUGUUCAUCUGCCACUUGGGGAUGAGCAGCGUCCAGUGUCAGCCUGGAGGAGCCCCCAUGGGCAUGUAAUGGGGGCUACCAACACCCUCCAUGCCUUCUGUGGGGUUGUCCUCCUCCCAGACAGCAAGGGGCAAGCUUUCCUGUGGAGGGACUGAGGUGUUUCCCUGAUGCUCAAAGGCUGCAAACCAUCUGGGAACAGUAAACAACCAGUUUGCUCACUACUUUCUUUCAUAGAAUCACAGAAUAUGCUGAGUUGGAAGGGAUCCAUCAGGAUCAUUGAGUCCAUCACCUGGCCCUGCGCAGGACACCCAAAGGAUCCCACCAUGUGCCUGAGAGCUUUGUCCAAACACACCUUGUGCUCAGACAGGCUUGGUGCUGUGAUCACUUCCCUGGGGAGCCUGUUCCAGUACUCGGCUCCAGCUGGGCGCUGAACAGCUUGUCCAGAAGGAUACUGUGAGAGAUGGUAUCAAAAGCUUCAUUUAAAAGUCCAAAAAGAUUGCAUCACCUGAUGUCCCUUGAUGAGCUAGGUGGGUACCCUGUUGUAGAAGGAAAUCAGGUUCAAUGAGCAGGACUUUGCCUUCAUGAAGCCAUGCUGGCUAUGACCCAUGACUGCAUUGUCCUGCAGGUGUUUCUCAACAGCUCCCAGAAAAAUAUUUUCCAUGAUUUUACCUGUCAGUGAAGUGAGACUGACAGGCUGAAGUUUCCAGGGUCCUUCUUGCCCUUCUUCAAAAUCAGGGCAACAUUUGCCAUCUUUCAGUCAGCUGGGACCUCUGGAUUCCCAAGACUGCUCAAAAAUAGUUGAGCAGCUUUGCAAUGACAUCAGCAGCUCUUUAAAGAUUCUUGGAUGAAUCCCAUCCAAGGAUGGGAUUAGACCCAUCCAGGCCCCAUAGAUUUAUAGGGAUCCAACUGCACAAUGAAGUUCAAGAGGAAAGUCUGGGUCUAAUCAGUGUCCAGCCCGGACAAGAGCAUAGAACGCACUUCAUUUCAAAUAAAUGAUUCACAUAAUUGUCCAAAUCUGAAUUAAAUACUGUUCUGGCUAAAA